GUAUUCUUCUUAGAGUUCAUUCCUUUAUUUAAAAAAUUUCAGAAUUAUAGAAAAAAAAAAGUAUUUAUUAUUUUUUUUAUAAUACCGAAAUCUCGUGAAAGGGAAAGAAAAUUCAUCGAUAUUUUUUUAAUAAAUUGAUUAUUUAUUUGACGAAUUUUAAACUAUGUCAUAUCCAGGAUUUCAUAAAUAUGUUAAUAGAAUAUACUUAGGAUUAAUAUGUGUAUUAGCAGUGGGUUUACCAAUAUUACAAUUAACUACAAAACAACCCUCAUUAAAAAAUAUUAUUAUAAUAAUUGUUUGCGUGAUCAUUUCUUACAUCGUUUAUUGGCUAAUAGUGCGAUUAAAUUGUUAUGGUACACCGAAUAUAACAGGAAUUAGUGAUUUAAAUCCAAAUAGUAUAUAUAUUCAACCACCACGUUCAAAUAGUUCAACAUCGUCAUCAACAAAUGGUGGCAGUAGUAAUAAUAAUGUACAUCCAACAUUUGCUAGUUAUAGAUUAGGUGGAUUGACAGAAAUUUUUCGUAGAUAUGGUGGUAAUAAUGGAAUUCCUAAUGUGAAUGAUGAUGAAAUUAAUGGUGAAAUGGAUGCAGCAUUAAGACCUCCUCCUCCUGCUUAUAGUACCGCCUUACAAGGUGCUGGUUUACCUCCUCCUUACGCGAGUAGUAAUAAUAUAGAAAUAAAUAUUCACAAUUCAGGAAUCCCUCAAAUGAGCGAAACUCCAAGACGUCCUGUACCUUCUGUUCCAUCUUCAAGUUCUCUAAGACGUCCUGUUCCUCCAAUACCACAACAACAAUCAUCAAUACAAUCCACACAUUCUUUACAAUCUAUACGAUCUACACAUUCUACCACAUCAUCAUUAGAUAGCAUUUCUCAACCACCAAAACGUCCUGUUCCCCCUAUUCCUUCAUCAUCAGUUGAUAACACUUCCCCUUCAUCAUCAGUUGUUAACACUUCCCAAUCACCAAAACGUCCUGUACCCUCUAUUCCCUCAUCAUCAUUUGAUGGCACUUACCAACCAACAAGACGUGCAACUCCCCCUGUUCCCACUUCUUCAUCUUCAUCAUUGCCACCGAGACUAUACAAGAGCAUAAGUUACGAAAAAUAAUAGAAAUUAUACAAUUAAUCAUAAUAAUUUAAUACUAAUUGAUAGAAAAAAUGAUUUGAAUGAAAGAGUUGUUAAUAAGAAUUCGGAAAGAAGAGAAAAGCGAUUAUAAAGACAUUUUCUCACGAUCAAACGUUAGUUUGGUUUAUCUACAACACAAAAAAAAAAAAAAAAAAAAAAAA